AUGGUCGCUGGGGUAGUGACUGUAGUGGCUGCAGCUGGGCAGACGGCUGUAAUGGCUGCGCAGACGGCUGCUGUUGCUCAGACUGCAGGAGCUGUGGCAGCGCGGAUGGCUGCAGGAGCUGUGGCUGUGGCAGCGCGGACGGCUGCAGGAGCUGUGGCUGUGGCAGCGCGGACGGCUGCAGGAGCUGUGGCUGUGGCAGCGCGGACGGCUGCAGGAGCUGUGGCUGUGGCAGCGCGGACGGCUGCAGGAGCGGUGGCUGUGGCAGCGCGGACGGCUGCAGGAGCGGUGGCUGUGGCAGCGCGGACGGCUGCAGGAGCGGUGGCUGUGGCAGCGCGGACGGCUUCAGGAGCGGUGGCUGUGGCAGCGCGGACGGCUGCAGGAGCGGUGGCUGUGGCAGCGCGGACGGCUGCAGGAGCGGUGGCUGUGGCAGCGCGGACGGCUGCAGGAGCUGUGGCUGUGGCAGCGCGGACGGCUGCAGGAGCUGUGGCUGUGGCAGCGCGGACGGCUGCAGGAGCUGUGGCAGCGCGGACGGCUGCAGGAGCUGUGGCAGCGCGGACGGCUGCAGGAGCUGUGGCUGUGGCAGCGCGGACGGCUGCAGGAGCUGUGGCUGUGGCAGCGCGGACGGCUGCAGGAGCUGUGGCUGUGGCAGCGCGGACGGCUGCAGGAGCUGUGGCUGUGGCAGCGCGGACGGCUGCAGGAGCUGUGGCUGUGGCAGCGCGGACGGCUGCAGGAGCUGUGGCUGUGGCAGCGCGGACGGCUGCAGGAGCUGUGGCUGUGGCAGCGCGGACGGCUGCAGGAGCUGUGGCUGUGGCUGGGCAGACUGCAGGAGCUGUGGCUGUGGCUGGGCAGACUGCAGGAGCUGUGGCUGUGGCUGGACUGCAGGAGCUGUGGCUGGGCAGACUGCAGGAGCUGUGGCUGUGGCUGGGCAGACUGCACUUGCAGGAGGUAGACUUUCAAAAGUAG